AUGGGGUCUAUGGGUGAGGGUAAGCUUGAGUCACUCAAAAACUUAUGUACGAAAAUCACUGAGAAACUUGGUCCCCGGGGAAUGGAAACGUUACGUUCCUUGAUUGAAAAUUUUAAUAACUACAGAACCGAACAUACCGAGUUCCGCAACUCUAUUCAACUUUUGUUCGACAAUCAUGCAAAGACACAACAACAACACCAUGUUGAUACCGAACUUGAAGACGGUGAAACCCGAGAACACCAUGCUUUUGCUGUUAGCGCUACAGUAGAUGACAGCUUAAAAGAGUAUCCUAUUCAUCAUGGUAAUCUAAAGACAGGAGGAGCCCAUGUUGGAGUAAGGGUUAAAGUAGAUGAAAACCCUAGAGUAGAUGUUUCUGAGGAGCGAGAGUCUGAGAAAUACGCUACCAGUGGGCUCUUGAAGAUGAACUUGGAGAGAAAUAAUGGAAGCAACUUGCACUCUGAUGAACAGAUUGGGAGGAGUCUGAUGAAGAAACGUAGAACGUAUAUGCGGUUAAACAGAGAGACACCGAACUAUAAGCUUAUCCCCGAGGAAGAACAGUGUCCUGUCAAGUACGAGGUACUGAACAACAAAGUCUCCCUGGUGAAAUUUGAUGCUUGCGGACAUAAAAACCUAACUGAGUACGAAAAAGCAAUGGCGAAAUGUGAAGAAGAGAUGUGUAAGGCUGAUGUGUCGAUGGAAAGUCUGAGAAGUGCAGUGGAGAAAGCGGAGAAAGUUAUAAAGGGAGAGAUGAGAGUGAAAGACCUUGGAGUAAUGUUCUACGCGUGCAUCAAAAAGCUAUGUCAUCUUGAUGUGUUUGAACGUGUGAGACAAGACUACAAGAAGGCUUUACCUAAGAUCUUACCCCGGUUGAAGCAGAAACUGGAUAAGCUCACAGUUGCUCGAGCAGAAAAAAAGUUUCUCUUGAAGCAAGUCAUGGAAGACAACACUGCAAAGCAAAGAGAUUCCACUGCACAAGGUCAAGGGGAGAAACAACACACUUUUGUAUCAGAUUUUAUAUAUCCACUGCACAAGGUCCCAAGAUAA